AUGAUAAAAUUGCACUCUUUAAGAGUUUAUGCAUUCUCAAUUAGAUAAAUUCAUUCUUAAAUUGCAAUUGUAGGUGGAGGAACAGCUGGAUUAAAUGUUGCUGCUCAAUUAAUAGCAGAUGGACAUGCAAUUCCAUAACAAAUAAGAAUUUUCGAACCUAUGAAGAUGCAUACAUAUUAACCAGGUUGGACAAUGGUUGGUAUGUUAUAAAUAUAAAACAAAAGGUGGUGGCUUAUAUGACAUCAAUAAAACCCUUUAACCAAUGGAAAAAGUUUUACCAAAAAAUGUGAUUGUAUCUGAUAGUCCAGUUACAAAAAUAAAUCCUGAAGAAAAUUAAAUAUAGACAUUCGAUGGAUAGAAAUAUACAUAUGACUAAUUAGUAGUUGCAACAGGUAUAAGAACAGAUUUUGAUUAGAUUAAAGGUAUAAUAAAAAUAUAGCUAUUUUAGGAGCAAGAAAGUAUUUAGAAGACCCAAAUUCACCUGUAGCCUCAAUUUAUCAUUAUAAAUAUGCUUCUAAAAUGAAUAGAUUAGUUGAUGAAUUUGAAGGUGGAAAACUUGUCUUUUCUGAACCUUAGAUGCCAAUCAAAUGUGGUGGAGCUCCAUAAAAGAUAGUUUAUUUAUCUUAAGAUAGACUUAGAAAAAGAGGAAUUAAGUUUGAUAUUCAUUUCUAUAAAACUGUUGCUUUAAUUUUUGGUGUACCAAAAUAUGCUGAAAUAUUGACAGAUGUAUGUUAGAGAAAAUAAAUUAAUUGUCAUUUUAAAUAAAAAUUAGUAGAAGUAUAAGAUCACAUUGCUAUUUUUGAAGAUUAAGAUACAAAAGAAUUGAAAUCUGUAACAUUUGAUCUUUUACAUUUAGUACCACCAUAAGUAUAUAAAAUAAUUAUAUUAUAGGUUCCAGCAAAAUUUAUAGCUGCUAGUGGAUUAGGUGAUGCUGCUGGAUUUUGUAAUGUACAUCCUAAUACUUUAUAACAUAUCAAAUAUAAAAAUAUUUGGUCUUUAGGAGAUUGUUCAUCAUUGCCAACUUCAAAAACUGCUGCAGCUGUUAUGGCUUAAACACCUAUUUUAGUCAAAAAUUUAAUUAGAACUUGGAAAAAGGGAUUAGAACCUAUUCCAUAAUAUUAAGGUAAAAAUUGAUUAAUAUCUAAGGUUACACUUCAUGUCCAAUUUUUACAAGUUAAAGUACUUUAUUAUUAGCUGAAUUCAAAUAUAAUUCUGAAUUAGAUGAAACAUUUCCAAUAUUUUAAUCAAAUGAAAGUCGAUUAAUGUUUUAUUUAAAAAAAGAUUUCUUCCCUUUUGCUUAUUGGUAUUUCAUGGUUAAAGGAUUAUGGGGUGGAAGAGAUGGAUUUAGAUUUUUUAAAGGAGCUUGA